CGACACACUGCGGGUAGAGCUGAAUUUCUUGGUAAAGUAGCAAGCAACACCGAAGGUGAAAUCACUGUGCCCCUUUGACACGAGCAUUACACCGUCGUCAUUGCUUCAAAGCCGUCGAUGUGAUUUCAGCAAUCAGUUGAGUAGCAUCCGUCACAGUGCAGUUCUAACCAACAGACCCGUUCCAAACUGUCAUGUCAACGUGUAUUGCUGCUACGCUCAUUCUGUGUGCCUCUAUCUUUGUUUGGCAUGGAUGUAGAGCCGAAAUUGCGGAACCAGACGCCCACGUACAAACCCCACUGCCAGCCGAAUGUGAGGCAGACGAUCCUCUCGGAAUGAUCUCCGGUAGCAUUGCUAACUGGCAAAUCACAUCCUCAUCUACAUAUCCAGCUAGUUGGGUGAAGGGAUGCUCAGAACAAAAUGCACGUUUGUUCCGCCCCAACGGCCUGGCGUGGUGUGCCAAAUUUAAGUCCUCUUCCGAAUGGUUACAAAUUGACUUGGGCGUAAGAGCUCUGGUGACAGGGAUCAUGACUCAAGGUCGAGGAGAUAGUUCCGAGUGGGUCACUUCCUUUAUGCUCUCCUACAGCGACGAUGCAAUUCAUUGGAAGUUCAUCACCGAUCAGUAUGCGAAUCAGAAAAUCUUUGAAGGCAACACAGAUUCCUUCACGGUCAAGCACAAUUACUUGGACGAACCGAUCAAGGCACGAUACGUAAAAAUACACACCUACACUUGGCACGGUCACCCAAGCCUCCGUGUGGAACUGGUGGGGUGUCAACCCUGCAAACAACUUCUCGGUAUUCCUCCAUAUGCUCGUUUUGCUGCCUCGAGUGCACGCGGUAAGCGAGCGCAGCGAUCAUGUACACCAGAAUAUGGGCAUUACCUGAGCAACAAAGGAUGGUGUCCCAAGUGGCAAGAUGGACAUCAAUGGCUUCAAGUCGACGUUGGCCCUCCAACUCAAAUCACUGGCGUCCUUUUAAAGGGAAGAGGAGACAACAAAAGACCGCAAUAUGUAACGCGCUUCAAAUUGUCUUAUAGUAACGACACCCGUCUGUGGUACUUUUAUAAAGAUGCCACGCCGCUUGAUCCCCGACUUUUUGAAGGCAACAGCGAGCAAGUACUUGAACGCGUGCACUAUUUGGCAUCGCCGUUUAUCGCGCGCUACGUCCGAAUUCAUCCGAUAAACUGGAAAAAUCGAAUUGCUAUGCGCGUUGGUCUGCUGGGUUGCAGACAAAAGGGACCGUGUUCAACGGGUUACUUCCGCAUUAACAAUGAAAGUUCAUGUGUUGCGAACCUUGCGUACAAGAAAUCUGCAUGGAUUACUCCGGAUGGUUCCAAUCACCAGAAACGAAGCUCGCCGCUCACGUCACUUUCACACGGCUAUCAUGACGACGAUGCCAGCUCACAUUCGCGUGGUUUGACCAACAUACCCGAGUAUGCAUCCGACCAUCAAGUCGCGAGGCCACCCAUGUUAGCUAACCACCGCAUCGGGGACAGCCAAACUAUUCCACCAUCAUCCUCCCUAAAAAGGCUGCCAUUGUGGUCCAUGGGACCACACGGGCAUGCAGGACAGUUGUUAGCAGACACAGGUGACCCGAUGGCUUCCUUAGCUGUUGAUGGCUGGACAGGAGAGGAAACAAUUAUUCGGAAUUCUACACUUAGAGUUCGGUCAUCCGAAAGACUUAUGAGUGACGAUCCAACGCCAAAGGUAGCCCAAGAAUAUCAUUCGCCAAGCGGCAACAAAAUAUUCACGCGCCAUUCUUGCACAGUCCUAGAAUACCGGUGGCCGUUUGUGGAGCUACCGUCGUGGUACGUUGACCUACGAGAACAGGUGGAAGUCAACGGGGUCGUAAUACACACAGCCAGCCAUGGACGAGUUCCGGAUGCAGAUAAGGCGCCCACUUCUCGAUUAGCAGAAACAAACAAGUUGCACCCAGAAAACCUCGAACGUCUCUCAGUCUACGUAGAAUCGGAGCCACGCACUGGCAGCGCUGGACUAUCAAGCACCUCCACAUCAAACCUUUGUGGAUUUGUGACCAGACUGAAUGAUGCGAUCUUUAAUCCAAGGCUGCAUAUACCUUGUAGGCAGCCACUGAGCGGGCGAUACGUCUAUGUAGAAGCCAGAGGAAUGCGUGGUCUCUGGUCGCAAGAGUUUUCAGCUCUACUGUGUGAAGUGAUGGUAUAUUGAUCGAGACUAAAAUUGCUACCUCAAAAAGAACCAUGUACUCAAUAACAAACGUAACUUUUGCAUUUCGGCUUGCUGUUUCUCCAACGCACAUACGUAUCACUCUUUCAAGCCGGGUUCUUUUCAUGAGUUUAAUCCCAUUUUACAGUCUAGCUGGUGUGGUGAAGUUUGUAUAUACACGGAAAUGCUGUCUAAGAUGCACUUUAACUGAGGCAAGCGGUUCAGUUAGGAGCCCGCUAAUUUGUCCACAUGUGGCAGAAAUCAACCCGGAUGCAUAAGAACACUGCCGCACAAUUAGAUCUGCCACUCAUGUGCACUAUGGAAAGACGAACAUAUGCGUAACUUACACUGUCAUACUAAUGCACACUGCACUGUCACGGUUAUGAAGCAACUCUUUACAUACCCCACCUUUUGUGUUCUCUUUUCCUGUUUAUAUUCCUUUCUUCAAAACAUGCAAUUCUGCUGUAGCGCUAUGUUCCUUUCAUGAGAGUAAAAUAUAGUUGUCUCAUUGGUAU